GGCUCCUUUUCUCCUCAGGUGAAUGAACUAAAGGAGAAGGGCAAUAAGGCCCUGAGUGCCGGGAAUAUUGAUGAUGCCUUACAGUGCUACUCUGAAGCAAUUAAGUUGGACCCCCACAACCAUGUGCUCUAUAGUAAUCGUUCUGCAGCCUAUGCCAAGAAAGGAGACUACCAGAAGGCUUAUGAGGACUUAAACAGAUAUGAAGAAGCCAAGCGAACCUAUGAGGAGGGUUUAAAACAUGAAGCGAGUAACCCUCAACUGAAAGAGGGUUUACAGAAUAUGGAGGCCCGGUUGGCAGAGAGGAAAUUCAUGAACCCUUUCAACAUGCCCAACCUGUAUCAGAAACUAGAGAAUGAUCCCAGAACAAGAACGCUGCUCAGUGACCCUACCUACCGGGAGCUGAUUGAGCAACUACGAAACAAGCCAUCUGACUUGGGCACUUACUUCAAAGAGGAAAAGUAUAAGGAUGCCAUCCAUUUCUACAAUAAGUCUUUGGCAGAACACCGAACUCCAGAUGUACUGAAGAAAUGCCAGCAGGUGGGUCCGAUAAGGAUAAGAAGAGCUGUGUCUGCAUUUCUGGGGAUGAGACUGAGGGCUUCAUGCAUGUCAGGCAUGGGCAACUGAGUAAAUAAGGACUGG